GAGGUCGCGCGGCCGGACACAGCGAGCACGGCGCGUCGGUGGCGGCAUCUGAGCGGGCGCAGUGGGGUCUUCCCGCGGCCCAGCAGCCCACGGGCGCGGUGCACUCUGGGGGAACAUGGCCGCUUCCGGUCUCCCUCCCGGGUCGGCGCUGGCCUGACUGCGGCCCCUGCCCGCAGCACUCCGCCCUCCGCUUCUCCCGCCCUGUGGCCGCGAAGACCGCUUCAGCCUUUCCCUCUGCUGCCCCUGCCGCGCCAUGGAGAAGAGCUCGAGCUGCGAGAGUCUUGGCUCCCAGCCGGCGGCGGCUCGGCCGCCCAGCGUGGACUCCUUGUCCAGUGCCUCCACUUCUCAUUCAGAGAAUUCAGUGCAUACAAAAUCAGCUUCUGUUGUGUCAUCAGAUUCCAUUUCAACUUCUGCUGACAAGUUUUCUCCUGAUUUGAGGGUCCUGAGGGAGUCUAACAAGUUAGCAGAAAUGGAAGAACCACCCUUGCUUCCAGGAGAAAAUAUUAAAGACAUGGCCAAAGAUGUAACUUAUAUAUGUCCAUUCACCGGUGCUGUACGAGGAACUCUGACUGUCACAAAUUAUAGGUUAUAUUUCAAAAGCAUGGAACGGGAUCCCCCAUUUGUUUUAGAUGCUUCCCUUGGUGUGAUAAGUAGAGUAGAAAAAAUUGGUGGUGCUUCUAGUCGAGGUGAAAAUUCUUAUGGACUAGAAACUGUGUGUAAGGAUAUUAGGAGUUUACGAUUUGCUCAUAAACCUGAGGGGCGGACAAGAAGAUCCAUAUUUGAGAAUCUAAUGAAAUAUGCAUUUCCUGUCUCUAAUAACCUGCCUCUUUUUGCUUUUGAAUACAAAGAAGUAUUCCCUGAAAACGGAUGGAAGCUAUAUGACCCUCUUUUAGAGUAUAGAAGGCAGGGAAUUCCAAAUGAAAGCUGGAGAAUAACAAAGAUAAAUGAACGAUACGAACUUUGUGAUACAUACCCUGCCCUCCUGGUUGUGCCAGCAAAUAUUCCUGACGAAGAAUUAAAGAGAGUGGGAUCCUUCAGAUCAAGAGGCCGUAUCCCAGUAAGUAGGAAGUUUGGAGUUUGGAUGAGCCUUUGCAAGUGCUUUUUUACUCAAUGUAAUGCUGAGAUUAAUGAGUGGGAGAAUGGAUUCCUUAUUCUUGCAGGGGCUCUUAGGAUUGCUGACAAGGUAGAAUCAGGGAAGACAUCUGUGGUAGUGCAUUGCAGUGAUGGCUGGGAUCGCACAGCUCAGCUCACUUCCCUUGCCAUGCUAAUGCUGGAUGGAUACUAUCGAACUAUCCGAGGAUUUGAAGUCCUUGUGGAGAAAGAAUGGCUAAGUUUUGGACAUCGAUUUCAACUAAGAGUUGGCCAUGGAGAUAAGAACCAUGCAGAUGCAGACAGAUCGCCUGUUUUUCUUCAGUUUAUUGACUGUGUCUGGCAGAUGACAAGACAGUUUCCUACCGCAUUUGAAUUCAAUGAGUAUUUUCUCAUUACCAUUUUGGACCACCUAUACAGCUGCUUAUUCGGAACAUUCCUCUGUAAUAGUGAACAACAGAGAGGAAAAGAGAAUCUUCCUAAAAGGACUGUGUCACUGUGGUCUUACAUAAAUAGCCAGGUGGAAGACUUCACUAAUCCUCUCUAUGGGAGCUAUUCCAAUCAUGUCCUUUAUCCAGUAGCCAGCAUGCGCCACCUAGAGCUCUGGGUGGGAUAUUACAUAAGGUGGAAUCCACGGAUGAAACCACAGGAACCUAUUCACAACAGAUACAAAGAACUUCUUGCUAAACGAGCAGAGCUUCAGAAAAAAGUAGAGGAACUACAGAGAGAGAUUUCUAACCGAUCAACCUCAUCCUCAGAAAGAGCCAGCUCUCCUGCACAGUGUGUCACUCCUGUCCAAACUGUUGUAUAAAGGACUGUAAGAUCAGGGGCAUCAUUGCUAUACACUCUUGAUUACACUGGCAGCUCUAUGAUGAGUAGAAAGUCUUCUGAAUUUAGAACCCAUCUAUGAGAGAAAGUUCAGUCACUUUAUUUAUUUUAAAUCUCUCUAGGAUGAGUUUAGAACUGUAGCAGUGCAGGUGGCUUAAGUGAAAUAACUCCAUAUGUAAUUACAUGAUUAUGAUACUAAUCUUUUAAGUAUCCAAAGGAUAUUAAAAUACUUCAAUCCUGGAUCCACAGUGGGAACAAGUUUCUAUUAAAAGGCAAAUGCUGUUACAAAUUUUUGGCAUCUGGUAAUAUUAAAACCAUUUUAGAAAUAUACUCUGUGCUCACUGUGCAGAGGAAUAUUAGUUUUCAAACCAAAACUGAAAUUCUGUGGCAUCACAUAUAUUGGGCCUUGAUGUCAUGACAGAUCAAAAUCAUUUGAUAUCCCUUUCUCCAUUCUAGGUUUUUCUUUUUUUCAGUAAUUGAUUUACCUUGAUCACUUUUCAACUUCCAUAUUCUUCAUAUAGUAAAAGGCAAAGUGUUGAAGAUAUUACGGUGUAGUAGUAGUUGAAAAUUAUUGCUGUCAUUGUUUACAUACUUAAGACGUAUUAGCAAGUUGAUCCAAAAUGGGAGGCCUUACAGAUGUGCCUGGGGGAACAUGAAGGGCAGAAAGCAAAGAAUUCCAUGCCCUUCAGAUUAGCCCAAUUACCAGAAGCAUCAUGGAAGAUAUUUUAAAAACUAUUCACUUGUUUUGUGUCUGAACACACAGAAGCUAAUUGGCAAGUUUUUAAGAAGUAUUUAAAAAUCUCUUACUAGGAUUGACAUUUUUUCUGAAGUCUGUAUAAAUAGCUUAUAGUGAGAAGUACUAUGCUCAAAUUUUACAUUUUUCCUUUUGCAAAUUCUAUAAUUUCCACUGAAUAAGUCUACCAAAGAACACACUGCAUGUAAAAGAUGUAUUACAAUCUCAAAGCCAGUAAAAGAAAUCUUGCUUCACUGUUCACCUGCUACAAGUAAGAGUUUGGUGCUGGUAGAAACAUUUGACUUUUAUUCUAUAUAAGAGCCAUAUGUAAUGUACUGUAACAAAGGAGCUUCUUGUCCCUUGGUCUUUUAAUUAAAAGAAAUUCCAACUGACUUUUAAACUUU